UAGUAUUUACAGACUUAUAGUCAAUGAAAGCAUAGAUUACUUGAAAGUGGUUUUGGUUUUGAAAAAGUAAUACAAAAAUACAUUGAAAUCAAUGUUUUCCUCAAAUUAAAUGUCAAUUCAAUUGAUAUAUGUUUUACAUUAAACACAAAUCAAUGCAUUGUUUGCAUUGAAAGUCAAACACCAGUUGUUGUAAAUAUGAGUCAAUGUUAAGCAUAACCUCAAGGUUUACAACACUGUUGUCAACGGGUUUUACAGUGACUUUUGGUGACAAGUCUUACACUAAUUUAGUCAAAUUUAGUCGAUAUUCAAAUCAAAGAUCAAUAAUGACUGCAAAUCCUGAUGUCUUUGCUUUAGCCAAAAGAGACGCCGCUUUUAAAGCGGUUGACAAUCACUUAAAGGAUGGUAUGAAUGUAGGCAUUGGUAGCGGAAGUACUAUAGUAUUUGCUGUCGAGAGGAUCGUCCAAAAGAAAUUGGAUGUCAUAUGUAUUCCCACUUCUUUUCAGUCAAAGCAAUUGAUUCGCGAAAAAGGAUUGCGUUUAAGUGAUUUGGAAGAGACUACACAUCUGGAUGUAGCCAUUGAUGGCGCCGACGAAGUGGACACCAAGACAUUGGUUCUAAUCAAAGGCGGCGGCGCAGCGCUCACUCAAGAAAAGAUUGUAGCGAUGGCUGCAAAAGAGUUAAUAAUUGUCGCCGAUUGUACUAAAGAGUCUCAAUAUUUAGGACAACACUGGACUAAAGGAUUGCCUAUUGAAGUGAUUCCAAUGGCAUAUAAAGUGGUGAUCAAUAAAUUGGAACAACAAUUGAAUGGAAAAGCAUGUCUUCGUAUGGCUAAAGCUAAAGCUGGUCCUGUAGUCACAGAUAAUGGAAACUUCAUAAUUGAUUGGAUAUUUCCAAUCAAUGAAAGUGAAAAAAGGGAUAUAAAGUAUUGGACUGAAGUUAACACCAAAAUCAAACUGAUUGCUGGUGUCGUCGAAACGGGACUUUUCAUUGAUAUGACUUCUGUUGUUUAUUUCGGAUCAAAUGAUGGAUCUGUGAAAACAUUAAACAAAAAAUAGUCAAUUUUUAUAUUUACAUAUAUUUACAAUUAUUGCUAAAAUCAUGUUUUAAUUAUUAGACAAAUGUUUAAUCAUUUUUAUAUUACACUGAAUUUUAAUAGUUUUAUUAAAUGAAUAAAUGAUUUUUAUAGUGCAUAUCAUGAGAUGCCGACA